AUGUUCCAAACAGCAUCCACCAAGAAGCCAGUGGACAUGAUGAUGAUGAUGAAUAGUACUGCUACUUCUACUGCUACUCAUCAUCUUCCCAGCAAUAUGUGCGGCGUAGCUCAGCCAGACUCGGGCCUCGUCCUCACCACCGACCCCAAACCCCGCCUCAGAUGGACCGUCGAGCUCCACCAACGCUUCGUAGAUGCCGUCACCCAACUCGGUGGCCCCGACAAGGCAACACCCAAGACUAUAAUGAGAGUUAUGGGAGUAAAGGGUCUCACCCUUUACCAUCUCAAGAGCCAUCUUCAGAAAUUUCGGCUGGGAAAACAGCCGCACAAGGAUUUCAAUGACCAUUCAAUGAAAGAUGCGGCUUUCGAGCUUCAACGAAAGAAUGCAUCAGCAUCCGGAAUGCUCGGCCCUAGCAUGAACGAGAUGCAAAUGGAGGUCAAUCGAAGGCUCCAUGAACAACUCGAGGUUCAGAGACAUCUUCAACUGAGAAUCGAGGCCCACGGAAAAUACAUGCAAACAAUCCUCGAGAAGGCCUGCCAAACACUUGCCGGCGAGGGAAUGGCCGAUUUCAACAAAGUCCAUGGGCCCGAUAUCUCGGUCAUGAACCGUGAAUUUGGGCCGGCCAUGAGCUUCCCAUCCAUCCAUGACCUCAACAGUACAUACGGAGUCACCAUGCAAAGAUCAUCGUCUCUCGAUAAUAAUAACAAUACUAAUAAUUUCUUCACCAAAAAACGGUCCAACCCAUACAGCAACGCUACAAAUAGCAUCAUCACUGGCAAAAGCCCCAUGAUUUGGGCCGAUGAUCUGAGGCUGCAAGACUCGCUAGAAGGAGAUCGCUCACGCCUUGAAGACCACCAAAUCCAGAUUGGGCCUUUAACAGGGCCCAGCGAUCAUAUUAUUGGCUCGAUUUCAGAUCACAUUCUCGAGUCGAAGCCUAUAAUAAACUUGUCGGGAGAUAAUUUGAGUGGGGACGAUAAGAAGUUUGUUGUUUCUCCUCGUCGGACGGUUAUCAACGCCGGUGGCAUGCCGCAAGGGAGGAGCUCGCCUUUCGGGUGA